CAUCGACUCAUCAGGAUAAGGCUUAGAUGGGCGCUUGUUAGCCACCGCCGCGAUAACUACACUCAAUCCCAACCUCCAUCUCCUAUUUCUAUGUCUGAUAUGGCUGCUCCCGCGCCAGAACCCAGCAAGCAAAGCCUCUUGACACCAGGAUCCUCCGUACCGACGUCGGGCGCCGCCACGCCGACGGCAGCGCAGUUACAGGCUGCGCUGUCACAUCCUGCAGCGAAGGUAUCGACUGAGAGCUUCCGAUCCUCGAGAGCGAAGAUUGUGGGGAAGGACACGGGGCCGGAGGGGUACUUCCCCAUACAUAUCAAGGGCCCGGUGCAGAGGGGAUUUGGGCGAGGAGGGAAGGACCUGGGAUGUCCGACAGCCAACCUCCCGGACGAGUCCAUCACACCAUUGAGCACUGUCGCGAAGCCAGGUGUCUACUUUGGCUACGCCCAAGUGAUCCCACCCGCCGACGCUUCCUCAUCGUGGAGGAAGGAAGACAGGCAGGUGCUACCUAUGGCUAUGAGUAUGGGAUGGAACCCGUACUAUAAGAACGAGAAGCUGACCUGCGAGAUCCACAUCAUGCACGACUUCCCUACCGACUUCUACGGCUACGAGAUGCGUGCCGUGGUACUUGGGUACAUCAGGCCUGAGCUGGACUACGUCUCGAAAGAAUUACUAAUAGCAGACAUCGAGACGGACAAACAGGUCGCCAUUCAUUCGCUAGACAGACCCGCGUGGCGCUGGGAGAACUUCAGGAAAGGACCCGACGGUACUGAGUUCUUCGCUCCCGUAGACGCGUAG